AUGCCGGUCCAUGCCCAACGACUAAACAGCUUGCUGCGCAUGGACAUUGUCCUUAGACGUUACAGCCCUCCAACAAAGCAGCCCGGCCAUCGCGGCCGUGCUCCUACGGCUGCUGCGGCAGAGAGGUCUUCGCGCACAGCCGAGGAGCCAGACGCGAGGCCCCACGGUAUGCCCCGUGACGGUGAGGGGGGCCAUAAAGACCACGAACAUCAGGCCCAGGGAUUGCCGUCUGGCUCAGGCGAGGUCACCGCAGCGCACAGCAAGCAAAGACCCCUAGCUGGAGAACAACCCAAACUGGGCAACAACAGCCUAGUCAGCAUGCGCAUGGGGUCUGCCAUGCAACAAGAGCAGCCACCGCUUGAGUGGCUCCUAAGGAACGUUGACCCCCGCAACGUGGGCCGCAUACAGCACGAGCUGCUGUUACACCAGCAACUUCUACAGCAACAGCACCAGCAGCACCAACAGCACCAACAGCAAAAGGCUCAGGAUGGCUCCUCUGGCGAACCACCGGCCACUGAAAAUGGCUCCGAUGAUGCGGCCCCUGCAGCAAAAGCGCAGCCUGCACUCACACGCCCAGGCGGCGAGCCACCGGCACAGAAGCCGCCGCCACAGGACUCUUCCGGCGCCGGCGCCGGCGCCGGCCCCUCCACACAAACCCUGGACAAGCCGCCGGCGGCCGCGGGCGAAUCCAAGCCGGGGAUCGACUCGCCGCCGCCCCAACCACAGCACCAAUACGUGCGGCAGGCUCGGGCCACCAGGACCCCCUCACAGGUCGACGUGCGCAAGGCCAUUGCCGGGGGCAUCUUGCCGCCGCAACAACUACAACAACAACAACAACAGCAGCAGCAGUCAGCGCGUAGUGAGAGCCAGCAGGAGAGCGGCCCCGGCCGGGGGGGGCCAGCGGAGGUACCUGCCGGGAGUGGCGGCGGCGCGGGCGGCGGUGGAGGGGUUGGCAGCAGAGCCAGGUCCGCGGGCAAGGAGCGGGCGGGCGAUCAGCGGCCACAAGGAGGGGCCCCGGCCGGGGGCCCCUCCGGGACAGCAGUACCGGGGCGUCGGGGGCGGCAGUCCGCUGAGGAGGAGCUGUUUCUGGCCGCUGACGCGCUGGAGCUAUUGAUGAACAGCGGCCCUGGAGCUGGAGCAGGGGGGGCACAUGCGGGAGGAGCGGGGGCUGCCGGUGUGGCGGCGGCGGCACCAGCGGCGGCGCCUAAAGCCCCCAAGGGUACGGCAGCGGGCGCAGCAGGACCAAGUGGGGCCUCAGACCGGGGCCGUCUACCUAGCAGCACCCGUACCGGCGGCGGAGGCGGAAACGGGGCGGGCGGAGGCGGAAGCGCCGCUGCAGCGGCAGCCCGCAGCGAGCCGUCGGCAUCGGGGCGGGCCGCAGGCGGACGGGGUCCGAUGGGGGAUGGCGCCGUGGGGGGGUUGCGCCGUGGCGGCAGGGGCGGCGGCCGCGGCGUGCGGAUUGGCGGCACGGGCCCGCGUAUCAUCCGCGGGACCUUACCUGAGCCGGAUCAGGACGAGGGGGGGGACAAUGGCGGCGACAGCGGCGGCGGCGGCGGUCAGGAGGGCGGCCGCCGCCAGCCCGCAGUCCCCCGUCGUGCCGCCGCGGGUCCGUCCGACAGCUACGGCAGCUUGGGCGCGCGUGGCGGCGGCGGCGGGGGAGGCCUCACCCGUGGGGGUGCGGCCGACAGUCCCAGCCGGGGCUCGUUGAGAACCGGCAGUGGCAGGGGCCGCCCAGGCGCCGGGCGGUACGGCCCCGCCGAGCCGAGAGAUGAGGACGGGUGUGAGUGGGACGAGGAGGGCGUUGCGCCCGGGCGCCGCAACGGGCCGUACCGCGUGGACGAUGGUCGGCCGGGAAUCACGGGGAUUGCUGGCGGCGGAGGCGGAGGUGGAGGCUUUCCCGAGGACCUGGCGGAGGACGAGGCGUUAUUUGGACCGGUGCCGCGGCGGCCGCGCACGUCGGUGUACUGCUCGCCGCUGCUGUACGACGAGAUCCUCGCCUCCGCCAACUCCCCGACCCAUGAGGUACAGGUCCUCGCGCUUAGCUGGUCGGAGUUCGUACGCAUGCAACGGGGUCCUCGUGGUGGUGGCGGCGGCGGCGGCGCUGGCUCCGAUGACUGGCCGGAGGUUUCGGAGGCGCUCGCGGCGCAGGGGGAUGAGGAUCUGGACGACGAGCAUGAGGAGGAGCUGCCGCCGGUGCAACUGGGGCCAAAGCGCCGCGGUCGGCCGCCCAAGCUACGGGCGCAAAUAGCCGACGCGCAGCAGCUACCUGGAGAUGCGCACCUGUACGGCGACGCGCACCUGUACGGCGACGCUGGCGGGAGUGGUGGCGGCGGCGCCAAGCGUGCUUGGUCGCCCCUGAAAGGGCGAGGAGCUUCGGGACCGGGGCCGUACGCCGGCGGACGAGGGGGGCUGCCGCAGGGUUUCGGGUACGACAUCGGUGGCGGGGAUCUGGAUCUUGGUAAAGACCCUGCAAUAGCCAGGCAACCGCCGUACGAUGACGACGACGACGGCGACGACGGCGGGGGGGUUGCACCCAUGCGGCGGAUGCGACGCGGCAUGGGUGACCGCGAACGUGACGGCGGCGGCGGCGGCUCAGAAGUGUUCGUCCUGUUGGAGCCCCCUGGGCAGCUGGCGGCGCUGGCUGGCGCGGCGGCCGUGGCGGCAGCGGCGCUCCUGGCGGGGCGUACGGCGCCCGACAGAGCUGGCACGGGGGCUCUGUCGACGAUACAGACGACAUGCAAGCGGCAGCGCUUGGGCGAGCUGGGUGGGCCACUUAGCGCCCGCAGCAGUGGCGGAGCGGGGGGCCGCGGGGGGGCUCGCGGCAGGAACACGAGUCCAGUGGGCCCUGGCUCGGUGGCGCUGGCGGGACGGGCCGGCGUCUCCGCGGCUACGGCUAGUACGGCUGCCGCCGCCGCCGCCGCCGUCAGUGGUGGCGGUGGUGGUGGUGCCUUGCAUCCCCGGCAUCCCCAGCGGCUGCUGCAGCAAACGUACGAGCCGCAGAUGGCGGUCCGCGAUGUGGAGGAGAAGGACGGCGGGCGGCAGCUGUCCCUGACCUUCCUGCACAGCACCCUGGGGUCGUUUGCGGGUAGCCUGAUGUUGGUGGCGGCGGAGCCGACACUGGCAUCGACGGCGAAACACCUUCACCUUCAUCCAUCAUAUGGCCGGCCGGCGGGCUAG